GCUAGCCACCUCACUUUUUGCUAACUAGUUUACAACAACGGGGUGAGAAAGUGGUUGUACUGGCCUCGGCAUAUUAUUCCAAGUUCCGAGCUUGUUCAUCCUGCAAUCGUGCAGCUGUAUUGGAUUUCAAUCAAUUUGGAAGAAAUGGCGGGAGCAAAUCCAACUCAUCAACAAGAAAGCGAUUAUUGGCUGAUUAACAUCAAAAAGGACUUUGCAAACUUAACUUCACUGUCCACAGGUUGGAGCAUUUGCAAGGUUCCAUGUAAGCUUCGGGAUAUGAAUGCUGGUGCAUACAAUCCUCAAAUUAUCUCCAUUGGUCCUCUUCACCAUGGAACAGACAAUGUGCAGGACAUGGAGGAACACAAAUGGCAUUAUGCUCUAUCCUUGCUUGAACGAACACGUGAUGCAGAAAAGACAUUAGAUGAAUGUGGCGAGACCAUUCUAAAUCAUGAUGCACUUGUUCGAGCAUACUACCCAGGGUCAAUCAAACACGACAGAACUGAUCUUGCUAAAAUGUUAUUAUUCGAUGGUUGCUUUAUCCUUGAACUUUUUUUAAGGUUUUCCAAUGAUGAUGCGAAAAGGCAAUAUGAUCCCAUCUUCACGACUUCUUGGAUGAUCUCAACCCUCCAACGUGACUUGGCGUUGCUAGAAAAUCAGAUUCCAUUUUUUGUUCUUAAGGAACUGUACAAACAUAUAGUGAGGCAUACGGCUGCUGAUCAACCGCGGCUCAUGGAGCUGGCUCUUCGUUUCUUCAGACCAGAUUUGAAUACCAAUGAAGGAGUAGGUGCCGGAAUCAGUGGAAGGAAUUUAUGUCAUUUGCUUGAUCUCUUACACAGAAGCUACCUACCCUCUUCUCUGAGAGCAGAUCUAAUUAGAGGCGGGGCCGGGCCAUGGAAACUAAUAUCUUGUGCAACAGAACUUUGUGCGGCUGGAAUCAAGUUCCAAAAGGAUACAACAAAACAUCAACUGGAUUUGAGUUUCGAAAAUGGUGUUUUCAAAAUCCCACCAUUGCAAAUCCACGACUCAACAGAUUCACUCUUCCGGAACCUGAUUGCUUUUGAGCAAAGCAUGCAAGGUUGUGGACAAUACAUGACGUCUUAUGCAUUACUUAUGGAUCGUCUUGUUGAUACAUCCAGUGAUGUCGAACUACUUGCGAAAAAGAGAAUCAUACAAAAUGAUUUAGGCGGCUAUGAAGAUGUUACGGAUCUGUUUAACAACAUUUGCAAGCAGGUAGUUGUGCGCGAAUUUUAUUUUACCCAAUUAUGCGAACAAGUGGAUGCGUACUAUAACAAAAGCUGGCAUGGAUACAAGGCAUCUUUGAAACAAGACUAUUUCAAAAACCCAUGGACAAUUAUAUCUUUCAUCGCUGCGAUUUUACUUCUGUCGCUUACUACAUUACAAACCAUAUACUCAGUGCUUUCCUAUUAUCAUAACUAACUAGCUGAUCUUGUUGCAUGCAAGUAGGCUAGUUCGUGGCUAGCUCCACGUUGUACUCCUUUCGAUUUCUCCUUCUGAACUUGAAAUUUGUUUCAUUAGCCUCUUCUCUGUGUGUGGUGUUCG